UUAUUCCAUCCGGACCAAAUAAUUAACAGGUUAAACAACAAACACAUUAUCCACGUUUCGACACCUGGUUGCGAAUAGGUCUGACAUGGAAUCUUCGUAAAAGUUGGUUAACCUAGUCCUACUUCGUUGUUGUUCUUGUAUUAAAACGACGAUUGCCAUAAACGACACGGGGAUAGUCAGGUAUAAAUGUUAAUGGCAUUUUUGUUUGCAUGGUGGUACAACACGGCGAACAUGGCGAAAUUGCAGCAACUAAACCUUAUUUAACUCAGCCAUUACUUUACUUUUGCCUUUUGGUAGGAUGGGAGUGAAGGUAAUUCUGCAUAGCUGUAGAUGGGUUAAGCUAACAUUAGAUUGCAUUUAUGUACAUGCAAGGAGAAGCAUUAGCUGAAUUUAUUGCCUCAUUGUCCGCACGUUUAGUUUGUAAAGAGCUGAUUUUAUUGAAAAAGUCAACUAACCCUCGUACUUACAGCUAGGGUUGUCAAUAUGUCAUGUCGAGGAGUAAAUGUCGUAUCAUGUCGAAAGUGUCAAUGUCAUGUCAUAAAUGUCCGUAAAUGUCGGUAAAUGUCAUUGUGCCGAAAUAUAUGACAUUUAUGACAAAUAUGACGGACAAAUUGGACAUUUAUGACAUUUAUGACAAAUAAUGUAAAUAAAUCGCCAGACCCCUUGUGACUGUAAUCUGUUGAAAAUAGACCUCAAUUUACUUUUGCGCCUAGUCCGUGAAAAGCAUAUGCGGAUUUCGAAUUUGUGUCUCAACUUUUCUCCUGUUCGUUUAUUCAAAUGACGAUUUUGAAACCUGGUCAUCUCCGUAUGUUUCUUAAGUAAGAUUUAAUUGCGUCUUACAGUCGAUAAUUUCAGCAUUUACAAAGUUAAGAGCUUAGAUUUUUUUCUUGAGAAAAACAAAAUAGUAUAUCUGAAAUCUGUCAAAUUAAAAAAAAAGAGUUAAAAAAAUCAAAAUUAUAAACUCCUAACUUUAUAAACCUCCCUUCCUUUGUAAAAUUAUUCGCUUUUAUUAAUAAUAGCAGCAGUAGAAUCUUCUAAAAACACACGGCGAUUGGCAGGUUUUAAAAUUUGAAUACAUGGAACAAGGGAAAGUUAAGACACAAAUUCAAAACCCGAUUGAUACUUAAAAUGUUAAGCUCGUCGUUGGGAUGACUUCGAAAAUAUUAGUUUACUACAUAGGAACUAGCUUAUCAUCUCUCCUUCAAUGGCUUUAUUAUGUAGCAGCAAGCCACAAUUGUCGCCAAACUCUUGCUACUAGAGUAAUUUCAACAGAGUGAGAGGUUAGUUAAAGUUCACGAUUCAAUAAACUUUAGGUGUUUUAAAACAAGUUUUUGAAUAUAAAUAUCUAAUUUCAUGUUGGUUUACAUAUCAAAAACAGAUGGGUAGAAUUGAGAGUAGAAAGUAUUUCUGCUACGGUGGUUCCACGUAUGUUCGUAGAGGGCAGUUUUUAGUAAAUGUCAUAAAUGUCCAAAAUGUCCAUGCCAAUGUGUCACGACAUGUCAUGACAUUUGACAAAUUGACAAAUUGACAGAUAUUGACAUUGACACGCUUUUUUAAAUGUCAGACAUUUGUGACAUUUAUGACAUUUAUGACAUGUCGAGAUGUCAUGACAAAUGACAUAUUAAUAACCCUACUUACAGCAACCCAACACCUCAUAUAUUAAAAAUAGUGAUGUGAAAUUCAACCCUUGUCGUCAUACAUGUUCGUUUGUUGUGAGAUCAUAUCCGUCGUUUAAAUAAGAGACAGUUCUCCCAUGAAAAAACGUAUUUUUCCUGAAAUAAGUCUUGUGAUCCUCAGAAUUACUAAAAUGUGAACGUUGUUUCAAAUAAUAAUUAAAGUGGACAUUAAUAUUCAGCCUCUGCUCCAGUGUGGAAAUAAUUUAGCAAAGAGUUUUAACAGCUAUUGUACAUGCAGUUGGUAACUUACCUACAUUUCGUUCGAUUACUUACCUGCUGUAAAUACGAUUACCUAUAUCACGCCAUGCUGCACAUACUUUUGCAUGUUUUAAAAAAUACAUGAGAAUCAGAGACCAAUUUAAUUUUACUUGCUAAUUUUCCAUCUCACAUGCUCAACUCUGGUAAAGAUCCAGUUACAAAGACUGAUAUUGGAUCGUAUGAGUUGGUUAAGAUUUAGUUUCUUUAUUAUUAUUAUUAUUCAUCUCCACGAUCUCAAACUAGCUAUGGAUUAGCUUUGCAUGAAAAGUGAAAAAGGAAUCCAUGCUGGUUCUAUAAAUUAAUAUAUUUUAAUAAUUUAAAUUAAUCAAAGUUGGAUUAAAAAAUUUUGGACCAGACUGUGAAUUAAUUCGUCACUUUAAGCUCAUGCAGCCCUUGAACCAAAGUCAAGCUAAAAUUUAACUAAUCGUAAAUUGGUUAAUGUUGUGUGGACAUUCCUCGUGACAUAAAUCCAUAAAAUAAGAAAUUAACCUGAUCAUGCGUUGGUUUGGACUAGUUUUAAAUAAACUUUUAGUGAAAAAUGGACUAAAAAGUGACAGUGAAUGUUGAACAAGUUGCAUUUAAUGAAGUUGAAUUGUUAUGUAAAUCUUUACUUUUCCACUUGACGCUGACAUCAUAAAACUCUGAUUGGAUUGCAUAAGCAUGCAAUAGGAAAUUAAGUGCGGAUGUGAUCUUCGACACGUUGUAUGAUGAAUAUUCACAACUGCGAGACCUUGAGGACAAUUUUCUCUCUAGCACUGACUCUCCUCUUAUUGUCAGGCUUGGUCAAUGUCGUCUCUGGGUUUAAAUAUGGCCCCUCGCUGACAUCGCUGGAAUCACCUGUACUCAAAUUGGAGGACUAUCCAAAUUACUCGGUUCUGCUGCCCCUGACCAAGUCCAAGAUUACAGCGUAUCCCUACGAAUUAGCGCAGGAAGACGCGAGAUGGAGAGAUAUCAAAGCGAUUGUCAAAGCACCGGAAGGAUUCAGGGUCAUGAUGGUCGUUCAAGUGCUUUACCUUGGAUUGGGAUAUGACACAAAGUUGGAGAAAGACGUGGGGUUAAAAGGCUGCAUUGAUUCGAUUCAAAUUUUCGAACAAGGAGACCUGAUCGAAGAAAUUUGUGGCAGUGUAAACUACACAGAUAAAUCUGCACAUCCAAAAACCCUGACCGGACCAAGAACUUUUCUCAGUAAAGGAAGCUCGAUUAUUGUUGGGCUACAAUUUGCCAACCGUCUUCGCCAAUCCACUGAUUCCCACUCACUGCAUUUGGAAUACAGACAUAAAAUUGACAUUUGGAGUCGCAAAUUUUCGUUGGGAAUCGCAUUUACCGCUUUUAAACAAUGUGACGAAGUUCCCAAAGAAGAAAAAUUUCAUCCCUGUGACAGCUUAUCAGAGGAAGAUGAAUCCCACUUUAUCGGAAAUUGCAUCCGCGCCAGCCUAUUUUGUGACGGUGUGAUGAAUUGUGCCAACGAUUUUGACAAUAAUCAGACCAUUGGAAGCGAUGAGGACGCACAUUACUGUGAAUCACUGCAAAAUUCUAACAAAAACGACGAGAUUUCUUCUCCAAUCAAUUUCAAGCCACAGGAUCGAUACGUCCACGGUCAUGAUGACACCUUCACGGCAACGAAUGUAGGAGAAAACCAUCACAGCAAUAACUUUCACCACACUGAGCUUACACUUGGUCCGUCCUCAACAGUUUUGCUAAUAGUGCUUACAAUCUUGUCCGUAAUGAUUCUUGGAGUAAUUGUCCGUCUUUGUUGUACGAAAUGUGUCGGAUCUCCGCACCAUGCGCCAAGGUUAUCAACUGCUUCAGAAACUGCUUCGAGCGGUAGCGUCUGGACAGUUUCACCGUCGUGUUCGAGCCGCAUUUCAUACCAUAGUAGUAACAGUGUCGGGAGGAAUGCCAAUUUUCUCCCAAGUUUCAUUUUUCACAGUCAGUGUUCAAGAUUCGACCCAGGGAAAGAUCUCCCACCCUCGUAUUAUGACUUGUUUCCAGAAGAAACGCCAAAGUCCGCCACGGGAACGGAACUUCAAAUGACCUCAUUGCCUACGUCAAAUAAUGAUGAUAGUAAUGUUACUAAUAUCAUAAUAUCAGAUGAUAAUAUCAAUUCUAGUGCAAAUUUGAUUGAGGAAACUGUCCUAGAAAAUUUGGAUAAUAAUAACGAGCCAAAACUUGCAGAAAAUUCAAUACCAGAAAAUACACGAAAUUGUUAAUUUCGGUGUCAUAUUUGACAUUUUGUUAACUAAAACCCUGCCAAAUUUGACACGAAAUGAUGAUAAUGUUGAUAAAUUUACGUCACCAUUUAAAUAAUUCUAGUCAUUAUUCAAGUGUAAGGUUUAUAUGUAAAUACGUAAAAAUGGUCAUACUACAUUUUCCACGCGUAACAGAAGGAAGCACUGACAAAUAAAGAGACAUUAGUUUGA